AUGCAGACACCAAAAGCAAGAACUGGUACUUCAGAAGUGCCAAGGAAAUGUCCAGCCUCUCCUCAGACUGCUCGGAAAUUGAAGACACCGGGCUCUGAUACUGACUCAGUCUCAUCAUCUCCAAAACCAGGAAGUAAGACACCAAAAAAUAAAAGUCCAAAGGUCGCAGAACGUAAAUCACCACGGAGUCCAAUAUCCGAGAAGAAGAGACCAAGCAGGGUACAAGAAUUGGAGUCUCAACUUGUUCACCUCGAAGAAGAUCUAAAGAGAACUAAGGACCAACUCAACUCCUCUGAGUCAUGGAAGAAGAAAGCUCAGCAGGAGGCUGAAGAGGCAAAGAAGCAGGUUUCAGCCAUUUCAAAAGAGCUUGAGGAAUCCCAGCAACAACUUCUGGAACUAUCUGCUUCUGAAGAGGAACGGCUUCAAGAACUCCGCAAGAUUUCUCAGGACCGAGAUCGAGCUUGGCAAUCUGAACUAGAGGCUGUCCAGAAGCAGCACUCAAUGGAUUCAACUGCUCUGGUGUCUGCCAUGAAUGAAAUCCAGAAACUGAAAAUUCAACUUGAAAGAGUGCGUGAAUCUGAAGCUGUUCAUAUUAGCAAUGCUGAGUCAGACAAUGCUGAGAUUGAGGAUUUGAAGAUGGAGCUUGAUGAAGCACUCGCUUUAGUGGAAAAGCUGAAAAAUGAGGUAAGUGAUUGCAAAGAAUCUGAAUCCCGGGCUUUGGAAGUAGUUGGCAAAACUCAAAUGCAAUUGGAAGCAGCAAACAAGACUGUGGAAGCAUUCCAGUUAGAAGGUGUUCAAGCAUCAGAAGCUUACAAAUCCUUAGCUUUAGAGUUGGAGCAAUCAAGAGUCCAAGUGAAAUCAUUGGAGGAACUUGUCAGGAAACUUCAAGCUGAUUUGGUUGAUGGUGCUAACAAAAAUAUGUCAGGUCCAGUCAAUGAAGUAGAACAUGAACUUGCACCGAAGAAUGUAGAAAAUGAAGAGAUAUGCCAGCUCAAAGCUGAGCUUGUUUCUGCCAAAUCUGAAGCAGCACAGUUAAAAUCUGCGCUAGAUGUUUCUGAGGUACGGUACCAAGAAGAGUAUAUUCACAGCACGUUGCAGAUUAGAAGUGCUUUUGAACAACUGGAGCAUGUAAAAUCUGAAUCUUCUCAGAAACAGGCUGCAUUAAAUGUGGAAUUGAAGAAAGCUAAAGCUGAUAUGGAAGAGUUAAGGGAAAGGCUGAUGGACAAGGAAUCUCAGUUGCAAGGUUUAUCUGAGGAGAAUGAGGUGCUCAUGUCAAGGAUUAAGCAAAACCAGCCUAGUGAAACAGAGUCUGAAUCUAUGGUGGAGCUCAAAAAAUUGGAUGCUGAUAUGGCUGAGUUGAAGGAAAGAUUAUUGGACAGAGAGACAGAACUGCAAAAUGUGACUGAAGAAAACAAUGCACUGAAGAUGGAAAUAAAGAGGGUAGAAUUAGAGAAGAGUAAAAUCCCUGAAGAGGCUGUUGCUUCUGCUGAAGCAGCAAGGACUGCGGAGCGCGAGGCUUUGAUGAAACUUGGCUACAUAACCGAAGAAGCUGAUAAGAGUAACCGAAGAGUAGAACAGGUAACUGAACAGUUAGACGCCACCCAGGCUGCAAAUUCUGAGUUAGAGGCUGAAUUAAGGAGGUUGAAAGUGCAGUCAGACCAGUGGAGGAAAGCGGCUGAAGCAGCUGCUGCUAUGAUUUCAACUGGGAACAAUGGAAAGUUUGUGGAGAGAACCGGUUCACUUGACAGUAGCUACAAUUCUAUCAAUGCCAAGAUGAGUUCACCUUAUUCUGAAGACACAGAUGACGACUCACCCAAGAAGAAAAAUACCAACAUGCUGAAGAAGAUUGGAGUGUUGUGGAAGAAGAAUCAUUAA